AUGUCGACCAAGGUGAGGAUGCACCAAUUCUCACUCACCGAUAUUUUUCCCGUAUUUGCUGCACUGGUAAUAUUACAGUACUAUCUAUCAAGAUUGAAUAAAUCAGUCCUGGAAAACCUGAAAUUUCGCAGAGUCAGCAUGUCCACAGGGACGUCAGACGACAUCGUGUGGCCUUCUCGCCCACCGUGGAGACAGGCAGCGAGAACGAGGCUGACGUCCAAUGCGCCCAAACAUACCCACAUGAGUCACCCACAGCCAGCGGUGGUAACCCGCGUGAAGGUAAGAAUAAAAAACCUUCCUUCCUCUCUGUCCGUAAAAACGUGCUGUUUAUGCACAUCUCCUGCCCGGUAAAUGGGGUAUUUCGGUUUUAAAAGGGUCUACAAAGAUCCACGCAUUCCGAAACAGGACUUGCGUUUACAUUGGCGCCUCCUAGGCCAUAUGCUUUGCAUUUUCUUCCAAAUGACUGUUCACUUCAUACUGUCUACCUAUAAAUAGAACGUCUGGUGCUGAAAAAGCCCUAGACUGCAUCGCAAUUAUAUGAGAAACAUUAAUAAACGUGGGGAGAGUGCUUUGCACUAAUAACUACACGAGUGCUCCGAAACUUCCCACAGUCACAAAUUUCGUAACGGUUAAAUUAAUUUUUUCCUUGCACAGCAUUGCAUUGAACAGAAUUUCCGAAUGGUAUGUAAAGUGAGAUUUUUGUGCAUUCCUUUCAUGGAAUGUAAGUAAAUUUAUGUAGGCCAUGGAAUUCAGCGGAAAAUGCUUACAGUGCUUAAGUUGUCCUGUUCCUUUCCAAGCUCACGUAGCACAGGAGGGUGAAAGGCCAUUCAGUCAAAAUUUUGCGUCCAAUCGCACAGAAAUUGGUUUAGAUUCCCUUGCUACAUGGUUUUGCAAUCCCACCUAUGUGACAUUUUCCGUUUGCAAUUAUUUGGAAAUAUUUCGCCAAAAGUUUUGGGAGAUUUGUCGUGUACCAUAUGUUUCAGAUCGCAUAAUGCCUACCAAUAAGUACACCGGCAGACUCAAGAACGUGGAAGUACUGUGCAAUUAG